CCCCUCGCCGGCUCCGCCUCUUGCCCCGGGGCUUCUUUUCUCAGCAAAACGUCCCGCUUCCCGGAGCAGAGCGGCGCCGUCCGCGCUGGGCGACGAUGGGCUUUUGGGCGAUGGCUCCGGAGGGCGCGCGGCUCUUUUCCUGGGCGCUUGCCCUGCUCGCCGCGCUCGCCACGCUGCUGGCUGUCUGGGUCGCCCGCUUGGUGCUCGACCAGUACUGGAAAUACAGGGAGCUGAAGCACAUCCCGGGGAUCCGUCCCUGGUACCCGCUGCUGGGCAACGCGCUGCUCCUUGACCGCGAUCGGAAAGGUGCCUUUUCUCAGGUGAUACGUUCUACUGAAAUGUUGCGGAAUAUCCCACUGUUACUCCUUUGGGUAGGGCCAUUGCCCUUUUUAAUAUUAUAUCAUCCAGAUACUGUAGAGGUUGUAUUGAGUAGCUCUAAGCAUAUUACAAAAUCCGAUCCCUACAAGUUUUUGCAUCCUUGGCUGGGCACAGGACUUCUAACAAGCACUGGAAGCAAAUGGCGGUCCCGAAGGAAAAUGUUAACGCCCACUUUCCAUUUCACCAUCUUAGAUGAUUUUCUUGAAGUGAUGAAUGAACAAGCCAAUAUCCUUGUUCAGAAACUUGAAAAGCAUGUGGACAAGGAGCCAUUUGAUUGUUUUUUAUACAUCACAUUGUGUGCCCUUGAUGUAAUCUGUGAAACAGCUAUGGGCAAGAACAUAGGAGCACAACACAAUAAGGAUUCCGAGUAUGUCCAAGCUGUCUACAGGAUGACUGAUCUGAUUUAUAAAAGACAGAGGUCUCCUUGGUUCUGGUCUGACCUUUUGUACCUCAUGUUCCGACAAGGAAGAGAACAUCACAGGAUCCUGAAGAUACUUCAUAACUUUACUGAUAAUGUUAUUGCAGAAAAAGCUCAUGAACUAAAAAUCCAAGAGCAGCAUAAAAGUGAGGUUGUUGGCAAUGGUGAGCAAAGCAAGCGCAAAGUCAGGAGAGCUUUCCUUGAUAUGCUUCUGAAUGCCACUGAUGAUGAUGGGAAUAAGAUGAGCUACCUGGACAUUCGAGAGGAAGUGGAUACAUUCAUGUUUGAGGGUCAUGAUACUACCACUGCUGCCAUGAACUGGUGUAUUUACUUGCUUGCACGUCAUCCGGAAGCCCAAAGGAAGGUUCACCAUGAAUUAGAUGAAAUUUUUGGGAACUCUGAUCGUCAUGUCACAAUGGACGACAUGAAGCAACUACGGUAUCUGGAUUGUGUUAUUAAAGAAGCUCUUCGCCUUUUCCCUUCUGUUCCAGUUUUUGCUCGCAAACUGAGUGAAGAAUGUUAUAUUAGAGGAUUCAGGGUACCAAAGGGGGUAGAUGCCCUAAUUCUGCCUUUUGCGCUGCACAGAGACCCUGAUGUCUUCCCAGAGCCUGAGGAAUUCAGACCUGAGCGGUUUUUCCCUGAGAAUGUGGCUGGACGGCACCCAUAUGCAUACGUGCCUUUCUCCGCUGGGCCUAGGAACUGUAUUGGUCAGCGCUUUGCACAGAUGGAAGAAAAGACUAUUUUAGCCACCAUCCUACGGCGCUUCUCUGUUGAAAGUGCACAGCGACGUGAUCAACUUGACCUUGUAGGAGAACUGAUUCUUCGUCCUGGUAAAGGCAUCUGGAUUCAGUUGAAAAAGAGAAAAUAAGUUAAAAUAAGAACCCUCAGGGAAAUUCCUUACCAUCUUGCAUUAGAACUGUUUCAGACUGCCUAACCCUUCCUGGACUUCAUUUUUUUAACCAAGAUUGUGUUGUUGCUUAUUACAGGCCAACAGCUGCAUUUUAGAAGCAGAUGAUUAUUCAAAUGAUGGGUUAUUCCAAUUGUCUUUGCAAUUUGUAGGCUUCAGCCUAGGUUGACACUAGCUGACUUUCCUUAAUCCUAAAGAAGAUGAGCAAUACAGUGGUACCUCGGGUUAUAUACGCUUCAGGUUACAUACACUUCAGGUUAAAGACUCCGCUAAGCCAGAAAUAGUACCUAGGGUUAAGAACUUUGCUUCAGGAUGAGAACAGAAAUUGUGCUCCGGCGGCGCGGCAGCAGCAGGAGGCCCCAUUAGCUAAAGUGGUGCUUCAGGUUAAGCUCAGUUUCAGGUUAAGAACAGACCUCCGGAACGAAUUAAGUAUUUAACCUGAGGUACCACUGUAUGCUUUUUUUUUAAAAAAAAACUCAUUUGUUUCAAUAUUUAAAGACCUUGAAUAUAUGAGAAAAAUUAGACCUAUGUUUUGUAAGCAUACAGACAGGAUUGAGGAUCUGCUCCUGCUUAGCCUCUGGUUUGCCCCUGCCCAAUUACAUUAUAAGGUCCCUUACAGUCUAGAUCAAGUGUUAUAUCCUAUGGUGAUUUUGCCUGAGGAUGGUAUCUAAGUAAAUUGUUCAAAAAGCACACAAGACUUUACUUGAGCAAUGUUUCCAAGUGAAUGUUAAUGGAUUUUACACACAUGCAUCGUUAUACAUGGUGGUCUGUGGUCCACUUCUCUCUCUCUCUCUCUCUCUCUCUCUCUCUCUCACACACACACACACACACACACACACACUUUUAUUUUAGUGCAAGUGACCUGACCAAGAAUGUCAGAAACAUGGAGUGUUCCAGAAAAGAGACUGAACCUUUAAUGCUAAGGGAACUAAGGUAGAAAUGGCCAGUAGGCUAAAGUGUUCAUAAAUGUAUACACAUAUACAUGCUGUAUUAUACAGCUAUUACCCAGCUCUAGUUAACAGUUAUUUGCAAGUUUACAUUGUGUGUCUGCUUCCAUUUCUUACCCAUUACUCAUUUUAUUGCUGUUUGUUACCUGUGUAAAUUCAACUGCUUUGCUGCCUACCUCCUGAACAUUUCAAAAACAAUCUGAAAUCAGUUUAAUAAAACUGAAAAUGACACUAAAAAUAAAUAAAUACUGAUGAAAACAGUGGAAAUUGCCAGCGUUAAAUUAUGGAAAUCAUCUAGUGAAUGUGAUCAGUUUUGUUGUUCUUGUUGCUUUCAGUCUGCAAACAAUACAGAAUUCAUUACACCCUUCCCCCCAUUUGCAUUGUGUCCUUUGCAUUGAAAUGAAGGGGAUGGAAUAACAUCAUGACAGCGUAAUUUAUGUACAUUACAUAGUCACAUAAAUUAUGCUUGUUACAUAAUUUUGCCACAGCAGAUAGCACGGCGAAUAAAAGGUUUUGGCAGAAGGCGAACUGCAGCAGAAUGUAAACAGCCUUGCAUUUGACAAAGAUGGUUGAAUGGAAAGCGAUGCCUUCUUACAGUCCUACUUCCAAGACUUUCCCUCUAGAAUGGGUUGAGGAGCCCCGGACCACAUGGAUGCCAUUGGACUCCCAACUCCCAUCUGUCUUAGAUAGCAUCACUGGUGGUGAUGGAUGAUGGGAGCAGCAUUUGGAGGGCCACAGUCUCUCCAUCUUUGUUGUAGAAGAUGGCUAGCUUUACAAUACUAUCCUGUGACAGGGGUUGGGUUGUUCAGACUCCUAUGUCUGGAGAUAAAAGUGGUCCCUGAG